AUGAAUGAAGAAAUUCUGAGAAGGAAUAAAACACCUACCUCUGACCUAAGCAAGUUGAUAGUAGACAAUGAUGGCUUUACACAGAAUUUUGACAAUAUCAAUGUUCGAAAAGUCAUACUUGAUGAUUUGAACCCCGCAGAUGGGGGGCCGAGAACGGCCGUAUAUCUUGGGCUCGAUGACCUUAGCGGCGUCGGCCGCCUCCUCUUUGGGAACGGUGUCCUCUCGGACAAGAUGGAGGGGGGAGGACAGGGUCACGAUAAGGCGGUGCCCGAUGGCGUCGCGCGUGCGUUCGCUCAGGGGACAGAAGCUAAAGGAGAUGUUGGAGAGCUUCUCAACGACGGCGACGGUGGUGUUGUCGGACUGAGGCGGCGGUAA